UUUUUUGCUUAUGUUUUCAUGAUCUCCUUUGCCCUUUUGUUCAUUCUGCCGAUACAUUUUAUCUGGUUGCAAGACUACCUAAACACAUUAGCUCAGUCUCAGUGACUUACUUAAGAGGUCAAAGUCAGAAGCAAAAGCUCAUAGCCAAAUGCUGCAAAAAUAUACAUAUUGACAAGGUUAUGUAUUAAAGCAUUAUGUAUUAAAGCGCUGUGAAUACAAAAUGUGCAAAAUGUGGUCGUGAACUUUUGCUUCUGACUUUGGUUUCACACGGCCCCCUCCUUUGUUGGUUUACUUAAGAGAUCAUCAUUUCCCAGUCCUGUAGAGGCCAACUAAUGUGAUUAUCUUGUCCUUCAGAGACAAGCUGGAUGAUGGGAAACGACACACAACCGGUAGAAUUCAUCCUGAUGGGUUUUUCAAUGUCGAGGGUGCUGCAGAAAGUUCUAUUUGCACCAUGUCUAGCACUCUACCUACUGAUGUUAGCUGGGAACGCUACUGUUGUGUCCAUGAUCUGCUUUGAUUCCCGGCUUCACACCCCCAUGUACUUUUUUCUGUGUAAUUUCUCCGUGGCAGAGAUGCUGGUGACAUCCACUGUGGUCCCCAGAAUGCUGGUGGGCUUAGGGGCGGAAAGGGAUACCAUCCCCUUUGGGGAAUGCUUAGCUCAAUUUUACUUCUACUUUUCCUUGGGGACCACAGUGUUCCUCCUCAUGGCUGUAAUGUCCAUCGACCGCUAUGUGGCCAUAUGCCACCCCCUCCACUACUCAACCAUCCUGACCAACGAUGUCUGCCUCCAAUCGGCUUUUGCUGUGUGGGCGACUUCCUUCUUUUCCAUGAUCCCACCAGCAGCAAUCAGGGCUGGGAUGUCAUUUUGCCGCUCCAACGAGAUUGACCAUUUCUUCUGUGACAAUGCACCUUUGCUCAAGCUCUCCUGUUCAGACACCCGCCUCAUUGAGCUCUGGGACUUCCUUCUUGCUGCUCUCUUCAUCUUAAGCUCUUUCACCAUGACAGUUGCCUCCUACGGUGCCAUCAUCUUCACCAUCCUGAGGAUCCCUUCAGCAACAGGCCGCCAAAAGGCCUUCUCCACCUGUGCUUCACACUUCACCGUGGUCAUUAUUGGGUACGGAACCACCAUUUUCAUCUACGUGAGGCCCAACAAAAGCUACUCCACUGACCUAAACAAAAUGGUAGCCCUGUUGACCUCUAUAGUGACCCCAUUUCUAAAUCCUUUCAUUUUUACCUUGAGAAAUGAGAAAGUCAAAGAGGUCUUUAGAGACUGGUUGGGACAUCUAAGAAGUCUGUAGAACAGUUCUGUAACCGGUGUAAUUAAUUUUUUUUAAAAAACUUGAGAAUUGCUUUCCUGUAUCAGAUCAAGGUUUAUCUAAUUCAGUAUGUAGAUACAUACAAACCAUGGAACAUGGAGGGGAUUGAAAUCCCUUAUUGUUUAUCCAGAAGUAACUGAGAUUCAAAUGCCUCUCUGUCUGGAGAUUUUGCCAUUAUGACUAAGUGCAAUGGUAGACCUGUCUGCUGUGAAUUCGUCUGUGAAUAAAUUUGCUUCUUCUAUGGCU